AUGUCUAGCUAUACAUCAUUAAGGGUACAUACUACAAUACUUGGAUGUUUGCUGUUUGUUUGUUUGUUCUGUCAAAGAAUACCAUCAGGAUUAAUCUUCCGGCAAUCUAAUUCGCAAACUUCAAUAAUUCACCAGAUUUAUCCAAACGGUUUAUGUGCCAAAACAACUGAUAAAACAUCCAAUGGUUCAAAAUGCUUGAUUUUCGCCCGCCAACAAACGACAAUAUAUGUCUUAUUGGCUUUGCUCAUGUUUCAGGGACAUACAUUGUACAGUGCUACGGGUAUUGUCACUUCUACCUCUAAAUGUCCAAAACUAGAUUUCGUAAGCUAG